UUGCUUUUAUAAGAAGUCUUGUUUAUCAAAUAAAUAAACUCAUUAUGAUGCCAACUUCUGAUUCAGUCCCAAAGUGUUCCAUAGAAUCUUCCAGUGACAACAUAUCGCCCGAGGAACGACCAGAAUCUUUAAAGCUUAAUUCUGCACCAUUUGAUUGCUGUCAUCUUGCACCUCCUACUUCCCUUCUUGGACGAACGUUGUCGGCUUCUGCAAUUGAUUAUCGUGGCGCAUGGCGUAGUAAAAGCAAACAUUUGGCCGGAACCAAAAAUUUUCAGGAACGUUUAAUUUCUUCGCCAGCCACUUCGACUUCUUGUGUUCAGCAAUCCUUGAAACGCAAACUAAGUAAUUCGGGUGUCAUAGCAGGUUCUGAUCUUCCUGAAAUCAAUAUCGGGGGUGAAAAUGCAAAAAUGUUCUUACCACAUCAUACAAUAUUAAAUCAGGAAGGAUUUAUAAGUCGUCCGAGUUCGCCUGCCGCUGCUAUUGUUGCUACGUCACGGGUGCCAAUGCUUACACGAGGUAGAGUUGCAUCAAUUCGGCGCGAAUCAGAUUGUAGCACUGAAAAUGAGGCUGCCCACGAGAAGUUGAUCAAAACUUCGCAGCAAGUCUCUCUUGGCUUUGAGGAUUUUUGUCUGGAUGACAAAUUAUUUGAAGAACGUAAACGGGCCAAAUCUUUGACUGAGCCUAUUUCAGUUUUCACAAAUGCUUUUCUUCCGCAAAGUUCAACUCCUUCGCCAACUCGAAAUGUUGUUGACUCAUUGCAAAAACAAUGCUAUUCUCCAUCAACUCAACAGGUUGUUCGAGCGAAUAUUUCUUAUUCGCCCAUUCCGAGUCCAACAACUCCUGCCAGUCCUUAUAAUCGAAUGAGGUUUAUUUUAGCCUGA